AUGAUCUCAGACGUGCAGAAGGCCUGGGAGGCCUGUGACCGGACAGACACGGUUUUCAUCCUUGUUUGUACCGUCUUCUGCUGGCCCAUCAUUCCUGCCGUCGGACUCGGCUACAGCGGGUAUUCCACACGGCGAAGCGGCCUUGCUUCGUUCAUCCCAGCAGUGUUGACCGUCUGCGUCUGCUCAAUCCAAUGGUUCAUUGUUGGGUAUGCUCUUGCUUAUGGAGACGGUCCCGGCGGAGUCAUUGGCGACCUCAAGUUUGCCUUUCAUCGAGGCGUGCUUGCUGAACCUGUCGGGAGCAUUCCAGCCGUCCUGUUCAGCGAGUUUCAGCUCGUGUUUCUGGCCACCGUCUGUGCCAUCGCGGUUGGAGGAGCUUGUGAGCGUGGCCGCAUUCUUCCGUUGAUUCCAUUCAUCUUUCUUUGGUCCACUUUCAUUUACUGCCCUCUCGCUCACAUGGUCUGGGGUGGAGGCUUCCUCGGCGAGCUCGGUGUGCUUGACUUUGCUGGUGGAACUCCCGUACACAUCUGCAGUGGCGCAACGGCCAGCGCACUCAGCCUCUACCUCUCCUAUCCCGUCUUCCGCUCCCGGAAAUCAGAUGUCCGAACGCCUUCCCAUCUCAAAUUGCAUCGGCCGCACAACUCCAUGUGCCAGUUACUGGCAAUGAUCAUCAUCUGGGGUUCCUGGCUGGCUUUCGACGCCGGUACAACCCUCACCCUCAGCUUUCAGUCCGUCAUGGCGCUCUGCGUGACCAACCUGUGUGCUUCCGCCGGUGCCUUGACCUGGGCAUCAAUCACCUAUUUCGAGACCGGUCGAUGGUCGCUGGACUCGAUAUUCAUGGGCGCGAUAGCCGGGCUGGUCAUGAUCACCCCGGCAGCGGGCUUCAUCGACCUUCCCACUUCGCUCUUCUUCGGCAUCUUUGGAGCCGUCGUUUGCCGGCAGGCCUUGCGAAUCAAGUUUACAGACUUCGCCCGGAAAUGGCGCUGGGUCGACAACGGGGAUACCUUUGCCACCCACUGCGUCGGCGGCUUUCUCGGUACCAUCGGCACCGGACUCUUUGCCCAGAAGGCCGUGGCAGCUUACGGAGGCGUGGAAGUGGACGGCGGUGUAUUUUUCGACGGCAACGUUCGUCAACUAGGCGUCCAAAUCGUCGAAGCUCUGAUCGGCUUCACUUGGUCGUUCGUGGGGUCGUUUGUGAUCAUUGCCCUGAUUGACUGCGUCCCGGGCCUCGAGGUGCUCGCAGAAGACAAGGAAGUCAAUGUGGGCAUGGACGCUUCUCAGAUGGAUGAGAGCUUGUACGAGGCACAGUGGGCUGGAGAAGAGGACUAUAAGCCUCUAGCCAAUGGUAAUAUCGUCCUGGACUAG